UAAAAGUGGUUGUUUCCCAUACUUCUCUCUAUUUUUAUACAUCUUUCUCUCUCUUGGAAACCUCAUCAUAGUUCAUUUCUUACAUCUUUUAUGAGUUAUUAUCAUUUAUCACCACUAAAUUCUUUGACUAAGUCAUCAUUUUCAGCUUCUUCAACCUCAUUUCUUAUUUAUUGCAGCAGAUAUCUUCUCAAAACCCCCCUUUCUCUCUCCUCCCCAAUGGUAUCCUAGAAUAAUUAACCCGUCCUUAACUUUAAUAAUAAUACUUCAAAUUAUUAUUAUUAAAAACUAAGAAUCAUGGGAGGAAAUGGAAAAUUCUUAAAAUUAAAAUUUUCAUUUCACAGAAACUCACCUUCACGUUCUUCUACUCCUCCACCGGAGUAUAUCUGCCCGAUUUGCAAUUCCCUUAUUUCUGAUCCUGUUAUUAUCGGGUCGGGUCAUACUUUCGACCGUCUUUGUGUUGAGAUUUGUGAAGCUUAUAAUUUCACCCCGAAUCUUCCAGAUGGUACCCGAGCCGAUUUCUCUACUAAAAUCUCUAACUUAGCUCUUAGGUCAACUAUCCUUAAUUGGUGCUCCAAAAACUAUGUCGCUUUGCCUGAGAAAAAGGAUAAGGUAGCCAUUGAGAGGUUGGUAAUUGAGAUGCUCGAGAACGAGGAGAGAGAAAAUGGUGGGACUCGCAAUUUGAUUCGGCCAUCAGAAAGGUUUCUUAUUGACGCCGUUAAAGAGAAGCCUGACCCAGAUGUUUCUCAUGCUGUAACUGAGUUGGCUCACCGUGUUAAACCGUUUGACUCAUCAACGAGUUCGGAGGAAUCGGUGAUUGCUGCUGCGAGUCCGCUUACGCCGCUUCCGUUCACGACUCGUCCUGCUUGUUGGUCUCCGUUUCAAAGUUCAUCAUCAGAGAUUGUUUCUGACGAUGCGAUGAACCCUAACUCUGAUAAUUUCGUGAUCUCCGAAGACGAUGAAUUCAUCGCAAAAUUCAAGAGUAGUGAUCCUUAUGAUCAGGAACAGGCUGCGAUUUUGUUGAGAAAAGCGACAAGAACUGAUGAAAGUGCGCGAAUUUCUUUGUGUACUCCGCGAUUACUAACGGCGCUUGGAUCGCUUUUAGUUUCCAGUUACGAGAAAGUUCAAAUCAACGCCAUAGCUGCUCUGGUAAAUCUCUCGCUUGAAAAAUCGAACAAAAUCAAGAUUGUACGAGCAGGAAUUGUUCCAACAGUGAUAAAUUUAUUAAAAGGAAGAUUACCUGAAACACAAGAACACGCAGCAGGAUUAAUUUUCUCUUUAUCAUUAGAAGAGAAGAAUCGAACCGCAAUCGGAGUUCUCGGCGCUUUAUCGCCAUUGUUACACUGUUUGUUAAGGUCAGAAUCAGAGCGAACUCGGAGUGACGCGGCACUUGCACUUUACCAUCUUUCAUUAGAUCAUAGCAACCGAUCCAAACUCGUGAAGCAACUCAACGCCGUUCCACCGCUUUUAAUGGUGUUAAGACAAGAAAAAGAAUCGAUCUCCGGAAGAGUAUUACUGGUAUUGUAUCAAUUAGCGGCGAGUUCAGAAGGAAAAGCGGCGAUGUUGGACGGAAAUGCAGUGGAGCAUUUGAUAUGGAUUUUGAGGAAAGAGAAAGACGAGUUUGAAUCUGAGUCAACUCGGGAGAACUGUGUUGCCGCGCUAUACGCAUUGAGUCAUGGGAGUAUGAGGUUCAAGGCGUUGGCGAAGGAGGCGAGAGCGGUGGAGGUUUUGAAAAAGGUGGAAGAGAACGGCAGUGAGCGGGCCAAGGAGAAGGCGAGACGGAUACUAGUGACGUUGAAAGGGAGGAGGGAAAGUGAAGAUGGGCUUGGGGAGGGCAUUGAUUGGGAAGCGCUUCUUGAAUCGGAUGGUGGGUUGGCUCGGACUGGGAACCGAGUUGCUGGUGGUCCUGGUAAAACGACGGAGUUUUGACUGUUGACUUUUAUAGUUUUUUUGUCUUAUGAUUUUGUUUGGAUGUACAGGGUGUAAUUAUUGUGGGGUGUUAGUCAAGGAUAAUGUUUUUUGGAAUUUAAUUUAUAUAAUUAAUUGAUCUACUUUAUAUGUACAUUGGUCGAUUAUGUAUAUGCUCCUUUUUAUUUUUAUGAAUAUUAUUUUUUACUAUUCUAGUUAAAACAAAA